AACAUGAACCUCGUGGGCAGCUACGCACACCAUCACCACCAUCACCACCCACACCCCGCGCACCCCAUGCUCCACGAGCCCUUCCUCUUUGGCCCGGCCUCGCGCUGUCACCAGGAGCGACCUUAUUUCCAAAGCUGGCUGCUGAGCCCUGCUGACGCUGCCCCGGACUUCUCUGCGGGAGGGCCACCACCAACAGCCGCUGUGGCUACUGCCGCCUACGGUCCGGACGCCAGACAGGGUCAGAGCCCCGGGCGCCUGGAGGCGCUCGGCGGCCGCCUGGGCCGGCGGAAAGGCUCGGGACCCAAGAAGGAGAGGAGACGCACAGAGAGCAUUAAUAGCGCGUUCGCUGAGCUGCGGGAGUGCAUCCCCAACGUGCCGGCGGACACCAAGCUCUCCAAGAUCAAGACUCUGCGCCUGGCCACCAGCUACAUCGCCUACUUGAUGGACGUACUGGCCAAGGAUGCACAGGCUGGCGACCCCGAAGCCUUCAAGGCUGAACUCAAGAAGGUGGAUGGUAGCCGCGAGAGCAAGCGGAAAAGGGAGCUGCCGCAGCACGAAGGCUUUCCUCCUGCCCUGGGCCCAGGUGAGAAGAGGAUUAAAGGGCGCACCGGCUGGCCGCAGCAAGUCUGGGCGCUGGAGUUAAACCAGUGA